GUUGCGGUCUGCAUGUUUUAGUUUGUGGCUGCAUGAUGCAUACAUGCCUAUAUAUAUAUAAGCAGGGUCGGGGAGAUGGCGAUCCAUCGGAUCAUCCCGGCCCGGCGGCGGCGGCGUCGUCUCGUCCUCCGAUCCGCCGCCUCGUCCUCUCCCUGCUGCAACAAGCAAGUGCGUGUGGUCGACCGGUGAUGGCGGCCACGAGCGCGCAGGCGGCGGCGGUGCUGUGCUUGGUGGUGGUGCUCGCGGCGUCCCCUCGGGCGGCGGUGGGCAACUGCCGCAACGACUGCAACGCCGCCUGUACCGGCUGGCCCGUCGUCUGCCAGCUCUCCUGCGCCAGCGCAUGCAUGGGAGAAGCCGGGAUUUCAACCAUGAGCACGACAGCAAAGGACCCAGCAUCUGCACCUGCACCUGCGCAACAGAGUGGGGGUGGCGGCGUGUCCGCGCUCAGGGGGCUCAAGCCAUCAGCGGCCCAUGGAGACGGAGAUGCACCCACAAACUAGCUAAUCCACCAUCAUAUCAUAUACAUGUAUCUAAUCUAGCUAGCCUCCUCCCAACACUCGCUCACUCAGGCAGAAAGAGAGGCAGUACAAACUAUACUAUACAUCACUCUUUCCACUAUGGAUUAGUUCCAGGCCGGCCCAUUUGUUCUAUCAAUAUAUAUAUAGUCUGACAAGACAAGUGAAUCAAAUUCUGUAUAUGAUGAUGAUGAUCAGUGCACUUCUUCUCUGCUACAAACACCACAAAUUAAAGCCUAUAUCAGCCCAAUCAUGUACAGCCCUCAAAAGUGUAUCCAUCUUACAUCUCCUACCUAUUGUAAGUCAACCAAGGAAUGAAACCGAAGCUAUAUAAGGUAAUGAUAAGUAUAAAAUUUG